CAAUCCCAUCGUCAUUAGAUUCAACUUUCUCUUUCUUUUUCUCUUUCUAACUAAUGAUGCUUCCAAUUUUCGAUCUACUAAACUGAAACCUGCAACAACAAUCAUUUUGAUUCUUCUCACCCUCAAUUUCAACUGAAGAAAACCUCCCUACCUAAACUGAAGUUUUGAUUUCUCGAUCCGGUUAACUUAAUUCAACGACAAUAGUCCAGUUUUCUUAUAAAUUUGAUCUCAAGGAGGCUAAAAGGUGACAAAUGGCUGCGAGGUUGUAUCCUCGAUCUGUUGAGGAAGUUUUCAAGGAUUUUAAGGGUCGAAGAGCUGCACUUGUUAAAGCCCUUACCACAGAUGUUGAAGAAUUUUACCAGCAGUGUGACCCUGAGAGGGAGAAUUUAUGCCUAUACGGACAUCCUCAUGGAGAAUGGGAAGUCAAUUUGCCUGUUGAAGAAGUGCCUCCUGAACUCCCCGAGCCUGCUUUGGGCAUCAACUUUGCUAGAGAUGGGAUGCAAGAAAAAGACUGGCUAGCUCUUAUUGCUGUCCACAGUGACUCAUGGCUGCUUUCCGUUUCCUUUUAUUUUGGUGCUAGAUUUAGCAUUGAUAAAGCUGACAGGAAGCGGCUAUUCAGCUUGAUCAAUGAUCUUCCUACUGUAUUUGAAGUUGUGACUGGGGCAGCCAAAAAACUGCAGAAAGAGAAAUCUCCAGUCUCAAACAGUAGCAGCAAAUCCAAGUCGAAUUCUAAGCCGGUUAAAGUUUCAAAGCCACAGCCAAAAGACGAGGAGGAGCUGGAUGAGGAAGAAGACGACGAACAUGGAGAGACAUUGUGUGGUGCCUGUGGGGAUAACUAUGCAUCAGAUGAGUUCUGGAUAUGCUGCGACAUAUGUGAGAAGUGGUUCCAUGGCAAGUGUGUCAAAAUUACUCCUGCCAAAGCCGAGCAGAUCAAGCAAUAUAAGUGCCCAUCAUGCAGCAACAAGAGACCUCGCCCCUGAGAUGGAUUACUGAUCUUUCAACUCGGACUCCCAGCAAUUCCAGCCACCGCCUCGGUUCGACUAGACUCCUCUCUUGUUCAAGUAUUACAUUUGGUGCUUAGUAUAGCAUUAUCUAUUGUUAGCUUCAGCUGUAGUCCCCAGAUUUUGUUGGAUUAUCUAUCAUGCUUCUCUUUAAUGGGAUUUUUUUAGCUUUGAAAAAUAAGUUAAAAUGUAAAUGAUUCAUUACAAUACCUAUAAUUUCUCACUCAUCUAUGGGUUAAAAAGAUGAUUCGACAUCGUUUUGUUAA